AUGGCGACCCCCGCUGGCGCGUACGGCAACAUGCAUUCUGCCGCAGCGGCCCCACCGCCGCCGCCGCUCAGCAUGUCCCAAUCCGGAUCGGCUCCACCUCAACAAGGCCCCAGUGUGGCCCAGAUUCUCACCCUCGGUCACGAGAGGAACCAUGCCGCCGAUCAAGUUGCCCACCACCCUCGCAUCGAGUCUCUCGUCAAGCUCGGCAAGGAGGCAGAAGCGACGUGGUUGCAAAUUGGUAAGUCUUGGGACUCUCGGCAGUGCCGGCCCUGCUGCCCCAUUUUUUAUUUAUUUAUUUGUCCUCAUGUUCGCGACUAAAUUAUUGGUCUCUGUGAUCCCAACAGGCCGAACGGCAGAAGCAGUCGGGUGCACGGAACGCGCGAUUGCCUCGUACGAAGCCGCUCUGCGACACAACGCCUUUUCCCUCGUCGCCUUGUCCCAGAUCGCGGCCAUCUGCCGCAGCAAAGAAGAAUUCAAGAAAGCGGCAGAGUACUUUGGCCGAGCCCUUGCGAUCGCACCCGAGUCGGGUGACAUCUGGGGCGCUCUCGGUCAGUCUUCGACUUCAUUGAGCUUUGAUUCCUUCCUUUUUUUUCGGCACUGCUGACCAUGGUCGUGCCAUGCUACACAACAACAGGACACUGCUUCUUGAUGAUCGACGAUCUGAAAAAGGCCUAUUGCUCGUACCAGCAAGCGCUUUACUAUAUGCCCAACCCCCAGGUGAGUAAAGCUUCGAUUUCUUGCAUCCUUGUCGCUUGUCGACCAAGAACUGAGGCCGGCCACUGCCUUUGAUUUGACCGAACAGGAACCCAAGUUGUGGUACGGCAUCGGCAUCUUGUACGACAGGUAUGGAAGUCUCGAGAAUGCAGAGGAUGCGUUCGCUUCGGUCAUUCGAUUGGAUCCGAGUAAGUUUCUCGUUUCUUCGGAGCCGGAGUAACCGCUCCUAACGUCAAUCUGUCGUCUCCCUUAGGCUUCGAGAAGGCGAAUGAAAUCUUCUUCCGCCUCGGCAUCAUCUACAAACAGCAACGCAAGUCGCAGCAGAGUCUCGAGGUUAGUCCAUUCGAAGGCACCCAGUUCAGAUGUCAGCCAUCGAGCCAACACUGGAAUGAGCUCCCCAUUUGGCUUGCACAGUGCUUUCGCUACAUUCUCACGAAUCCGCCCCACCCCCUCACGGAAAUCGACAUCUGGUUCCAGAUCGGGCAUGUCUACGAGCAGCAAAAGGACUUAAACGCUGCCAAGGAGUCGUACGAACGAGUGCUCGCAGAGAACCCAUCCCACGCCAAAGUGCUGCAGCAGCUCGGAGGCCUCUACCACCGCUCGCGCGCGCCCUUCUAUAACCCCGAGGUGUCCGUGCAGAUCUUGCUGAAGAGUCUCGAGUCGGACCCCAACGACCCCUUCUCCUGGUACUUGCUCGGCCGCGCGUACAUGACCGUCAAUAACUUCUCCAAAGCGUACGAGGCCUACCAGCAAGCCGUGUACCGCGAUGGCAAGAACCCGGCGUUCUGGUGCUCGAUAGGUGUCCUCUACUAUAACAUCACCCAGUACCAUGAUGCCCUCGAUGCCUACUCGCGUGCGAUCCGCAUCCACCCAUACCUCGCCGAGGUCUGGUUCAACUUGGGCGCCCUGUAUGAAUCGUGCAACGACCAGAUGACCGAUGCCAUCGACGCCUACCAACGCACACUGCAGCUCGACCCGGGAAAUACGAUUGUGUCGACGCGUUUGCGUGAGAUUCGCGCCCACCAAGAGACCGGAUCGCCGUUGGGAACGCCCCCCGAGCCCAAGGACAUCAGCCCGAGCUCGCUGUCGUGGAGUUACGCGACGGGAUCGGGCGGCGCACCGACGCAGAUCGCGCAGGCUGGUCUUGGGCCAGACUUGAGCCCUUCGUUGAACAAGUCGAAUGGUCACGGACCCGGCUCGCCCCAGAAUGGACGAUUCGACGGCCCUACGCCUGCGAACGGAGCCCGGCCCAUGUCAACCGAUCCGUACCGCGACGAUCGGCGUCGAGCCUCGGGCCACGGCGGUCAUUUCUCGCCAGCACAUGAGAGCACGUCGCCUCGAUCGACCCAUCGUCAUUCUGGGUCGUCACAGUCGCAGUUGCCGCAGAUGAAGAGCAAUCACGACACCAGUCCCUCGUCGUUGCCUUCCGCUGCCGACAUGGCAAACCAGCAUCGCCGCAGGUCACCACCCUCACCGCGAUCUCGUCUCAACGGCGCCGAAUACAACAACUCGGGUCAUUACCCAAACAUCUCGUCGCAUCCCUAUGGCCGUCCGAGCGAACACGAGUCGAUGGAGUGGGAGCGAGCUCGUGGGGUGCCGCCGACCAACGGUCGAGGUUCUGCGCAGGGCAGCCAUCCGCAUCUAUACCCAACCCAACAUGCACCGCCGCCACCUCCAUCGCAACACCGUCGAGGCUCUCCUCCCAUUCCACCCAUGUCGCGCGAUCCGGUGGCGUACGAACGCCAGACCGCUCGCUCCCCGUCUUCGGCUCGACCUGACGAGCGAGGGCCAGGGUACCCGACUCCGUACGGCUAUGCUCCGUACCCGCCCUCUCAUCCGGUAGCUGCGAACGACAGGUCGCGAUACCCACCGUUUGGAGGCAUGGAUGAUCGAUCACGCGGCGCACCGAGACCGACGUCUUCCGGAUCCCCUCGAGGUGCGCCAUCUGGGGCUUCUUCGCUCCCGCCGGCUGCGCCGCCUUCGAACGAGAAGCGCGGGGCUACCCCUGCUUCCAACAAUGGAGGUGCUAAAGGGGGGAAUCGUCGCGAUGGAGCGACCUCCCCAGCUUUCUCGACUACGCCAUCGGGGAAGAAGGAAGGCACACUAUCUAGUGGAGGACGGGGCCGAAAAAGCGAUACCGGCGUGACGGUUAAGAAGGAGCGAAAGACGGCCGCUCCAAAGUCGAGCGAAUCUGCAAAGGGAGGCCGGAAAGCGCAUUCGAGUGCUGGGUCUACUGCGUCCUCGCCGGCGGUCGCCUCACCCAUCAGCACAAGUGCCUCGCUCCUCCCAACGGCGUCGCUGCUCGCCCCAACCAUACCCAACGCUCCCGUUGCCCCAACUCGUGAGAUCGACGACGAUUACGAUGAAGGCGUCGACGCACUGAUGGGACUCUCGCGAUCGGUCCCUUCAUCGGCUGCGCCCGCUUCGGAAAAGGAGAUCACCACUGACGAAGAAGCCCAGGCGAGUCUCAACCCUCGCAAGCGCGCAUUCGACGAGACGAUCCCCGCCGCGGACUCGAGGACCGGGCCCGAAUCGAAGAAGAAUAAGCCUGAAGAUGGACCUGUGAUGCCGUCGAUGAGGGCAGCGACCCCUUCCCCGACCGCGGCUUCGAACGACGUCCCCAUGAACGAGGAAGUCGAUGAGUUGGCCCCCACCCCUAACCCCGCCCCUGCUGCAGAGUCACCGCAGCCGGUUCCUACUGCCGCUGCUGGUGGUCCUGUCGAAGUCGAGGUAGAUGAACUGGCGACACCACCCCCGAGCGCUGCGGUAGCUGAGCCCGAGCCCGCAUCCGCGCCCGUGCCCGAACUCCAGCCCGAGGCCGCCGCCGAGACCGCACCCGAACUCGUUGCCGCAGCCGAAUCAACCGACCCAGCGAAGCCAGUGACACCGGUGGAGAUCCCUGCCCCCGCCAAACCCGAGGCUCGGACACCGCCGACGGAAGACGUCACAUGGCGGAGAGAUCGCUGA